AUGAUAAGUAAUCGAAUUCUUCUAAAGGUUUCAACGAAAUUAAAUGAAGAUAUUUUAGAACGUGCAUGUGCAGAUAGGGUUGGUAUAACUGCAGUUUUCGAUAGUUGGACAAACAUAAAGCAGGAGCAUCUUUUUGGUGUUGUCUUAAUUACUUCUCAGAGUAUAUCUUUAAUUUGGAAUACAUGUAAUAUCAGUAAUCAAUGGUUAAAAACUGAAAAUAUAAAAAUUCUUAUUAAAAGUAUAAUGGAUAAUGCAGAAAAAGAAAGCAUUCGAAUUAACUGCUAUAUAUCAGAUUCAGCUGGUGAGUAUGUGGUAGCAAGACGACAACUAAGAAUCGAAUAUCCUAAUAAGGACGAUAAUAAAGAUUUUGCGCAAGAAUUGAAAAAAUUAACUGUAAGCGAUAGCGAAACCUGUUUACUAACCACUAAUAAUCUGCCAAGUAAAGUAACCGAAGCAACCGAAGUAACCAAAGUGAUCGAAACGACUGAAGCAACUGAAAUGAUCGAAGAAGACAUAGUCGAUAAGGCUGAAACUUCUGAUGAAGAAGAAAAUUGGUCAAAUGUAAUUAAGAACUGGGUUGGAAUAUUAGACAGUGAAAAUCGGUUAGAGAAUAGUGAAAUUGUAAAUGAUGAACUACCUGAAUUUGAAUUUG